AUGUGCCUCGCCCAUUUCUCAGAAUGCUGCCACUUGAGGCCAUUUGUCCUCCGAACUCGGCGAGCCGAGGACUCGAACCUCGCCGUUAGUGCUGAUGAAGAAAGAGCCGGGCAGGUUGAGAAUGCAGUCCGGUUAGGGCAUGAAAACGGCUUUCAGGAAUGCUUGCUCAAACAAAAGUGCAUUAGUUUACGUCGAUUUGGAAGUGUUGACGGCACAAAAAUGCUGCUUCAUGGCAUGUACGAGAAGAGAAUGCAGGCAGGGACAGUUUUUCCCCUUACAACAAACCCACUUUUGGCAACCAUCUACUCGCCUCAAGAUCGUUCGAAUGUGCAUUUCAUCGAAUCUGGCAGCUUGGAUGCUCUUUUUCGCCGUUUACAUGCGUCCUUUGUGCACUUUUUCAAGCUGGCCACUGCACCCCACUUGCCGACGAUUGGUCAUUUGCACAUGUUUGCCUCAAACCAAUAA